AUGUCUGCACGGGAGUCCUUUAACCCGGAAAGUUAUGAAUUGGACAAGAGUUUCCGGUUAACCAGAUUCACUGAACUGAAGGGCACUGGCUGCAAAGUGCCCCAAGAUGUCCUGCAGAAAUUGCUGGAGUCCUUACAGGAGAACCACUUCCAAGAAGAUGAGCAGUUUCUUGGAGCAGUUAUGCCAAGACUUGGCAUCGGCAUGGACACCUGUGUUAUUCCUCUGAGGCACGGCGGCCUUUCCUUGGUUCAAACCACAGAUUACAUUUAUCCCAUCGUUGACGACCCUUACAUGAUGGGCAGGAUAGCCUGUGCCAACGUCCUCAGUGACCUCUACGCCAUGGGGGUCACGGAGUGCGACAACAUGCUGAUGCUCCUUGGAGUCAGUAAUAAAAUGACCGACAGGGAAAGGGAUAAAGUGAUGCCCCUAAUUAUACAGGGUUUUAAAGAUGCAGCAGAGGAGGCAGGAACGUCUGUAACGGGCGGCCAAACAGUGCUAAACCCCUGGAUUGUUUUAGGAGGUGUGGCUACGACUGUCUGCCAGCCCAACGAGUUUAUCAUGCCAGAUAACGCAGUGCCGGGUGAUGUGCUUGUACUGACAAAACCUUUGGGGACGCAAGUGGCCGUGGCUGUGCACCAGUGGCUGGAUAUUCCUGAGAAGUGGAAUAAAAUCAAGCUAGUGGUCACCCAGGAGGAUGUGGAGCUGGCAUACCAGGAGGCGAUGAUGAACAUGGCUAGGCUCAACAGGACAGCGGCAGGACUCAUGCACACAUUCAAUGCCCACGCGGCUACUGACAUUACGGGCUUCGGGAUUCUGGGCCACGCACAGAACCUGGCCAAACAGCAGAGGAAUGAGGUAUCCUUUGUGAUUCACAACCUUCCCGUCCUGGCCAAGAUGGCAGCUGUGAGCAAGGCCUGCGGAAACAUGUUUGGGCUCAUGCAUGGGACCUGCCCAGAGACAUCAGGCGGCCUCCUGAUCUGUCUACCGCGUGAGCAAGCAGCUCGAUUCUGCGCAGAGAUCAAGUCCCCCAAGUAUGGUGAAGGCCACCAAGCAUGGAUUAUUGGGAUCGUGGAGAAGGGUAACCGCACAGCCAGGAUCAUAGACAAGCCCCGGAUCAUUGAGGUCGCACCGCAGGUGGCUACCCAGAAUGUGAACCCCACGCCCGGUGCCACCUCGUAA